GCAGGCACGGGAGGGCGGGAUGUGGUUGAAGACGGAGUCAAAGACGACCUGAAAGGGAGGUCUUCCUUUACUUCCAGUUGGUCAAAAUAUAGUCGACUUGGCUUUUUAGAGCGGAAGAUUUUAAACAAACUGAGGAAAGAGUGGAAGUUUUGGGAAGACUUAGCCUCAGUGUUUUGGGAAUGCGUUUUAAGAGGUUCUUCACCGUACCCUUGGGUGUUGAGGCCCCUUUUUUGCGUUUGAAUCGGUGGUGGUGGUGGUUGUGGUGGCUUGUUUGGUACGUGCGAGGCUUGAUUUGGAAAGGGUAAGUCUUUUCAGUGCAGGUAGGAAGCCGCCUUAAAGUGGGGCUGAAGCGCUCAAGGACAACAAGCAACUCUUUGAGUAUGCAUCUCCUUCAAGUUGUGUGGAAGAUGCCUUGUGCGGCAUCCAAGACUUGGAAUGAUUUUCCUGCGCCAGCCGUUGCCUGAUGCUUUACGCCUGGCCAGCGCGGCCGGUGGCCUUGCAGUCUCGCGCCAAGGUGCUGAACCUAGCCUUCCGUGGCGCGCCGAGUGCGAAGCCCUCCUCUCCACCCCUGACGCGGUCAUCCCCGCCGCACCCAGCGCCACGGCCGCCGCGGCCGGCGACGCCGCGGCGCCGGGCGCCACGCGGCGUCCGCGGUUUGCGUCGAGGCUGAACUCGAUGAAGGACAGGCCCGAGCUUUGGGACGGUCCCCUCGACGUGUUGGGCCUCAUUGCGCGGCAGGGUCACGUGCGAGGCUUGGAGCUGGUCUACUUGAACUUUCCGCAGCACUUGGAGACCUUCGACAUCUCAGAGGCCUCUACAGUGCUGAGAGCUUUGCAAGAGGCCAAGCUGCAGGCAGGUGGCCUUGCCUUGCGCUUCCCAGAGCACAUGGGCUUGGGUGCCUUUACAAACCCGAACGAGACGGUGAGGAAGGAAGCAGUUGACCUCACCCUCCGCGCCUGUGUCUGGGCCGAAGCUUUGGAUGCCAACGAGGUGGUCGUGUGGCCACAGACGGAUGGCUACGACUAUCAGCUGCAAGUGGACUAUCUGGUGGCCUGGUCACGUGCGGUGGACGCCUUCCGAGAAGUGCUUGACAGCCCUUCGUGUCGCAACAAGAAGGUCUCCUUGGAGUUCAAGCCCACAGAUGAGAUCAGCCGUUUUGCCAUAGUGCCCAGCACUGGAGCGGCGCUGCUCUUUGCGCAGCAGGUGAAUCGAGAGAACUUUGGGUUGACCUUGGACGUGGGGCAUCUGCUCAUGGCGGGCGAAAAUCCGGCCCAGUCCAUUGCAAUGGUAGGCGCUGCAGGAAAGCUCUUUGGUGUCCAUUUGAACGAUGGCCACAGCCGCUUGGGUGCAGAGGAUGGUUUGGUCUUUGGGUCGGUGCAUCCGACCAUGGCGCUGGAGCUGGUCGUGUGGCUGAAGCGUGUGGAGUACCAAGGGGCCAUCUACUUCGAUACCUUCCCUCACAAUGAGGAUCCGGUGCGGGAGGCUGAGCUGAACAUCCGCCGCUUCGAGCGCUUGGAGCGGCGGGCGCAGCAGCUGGAGUCGCAGUUGAAGCCGCUGCAAGCGAGACACGAUGCCAUGGGUGUCUUAGAGCUCUUGGAGUAAAAAUAUCCAAGGAAAGGUCGAGGUGAAAUGUUGC